GUGGAAUGCGGCAGCUUGAAGGCGACAGUGGUUUUUCAAAACUUCAGAUUGACAUCAUCGCAUUGAGCCGUUUCAGCCAUUCAGAGUCUUUUCCUGGCCUUGCAAUUUCCAGAAAAACUACUGAAUUGGCAAUCUGACAUGGUGACUCCUGAACAGUUCUCAAGAGCUCACAGUUUUUUCGACAGUUUUUGGAAUGGGUUGAACCUGCAGCUAGCCGCUAGCCGUUUGGAUCAGACUCAGAUAGUCGCUUCGGAGCACAAAAUCAGACUGUGACGGGUGUCGGAGCAUCUUGAAGGAUGCUUUCGCGGAAACGUUCUGUUUCUUCUCGGGCAUUGUCGCUCUUGCUUCUUGGGAUCUAUUUGUGUCCAUUUCUUGGCUCAACCUGGAGUUUCUUGGUGCUUUGGCACAAGACAACCUUGAAUCCUCCAAAGAAUGUCAUGGCUGGAUCCACUAUGCUUGUCCCUACCCGUAUCCAGAACCCUCGAAAUGCCCUGGGCAUUGCCGGCCUGAGCUCUCAAGAUCUGACCGUGUUUUCGGAUUUGCUGCUGAUCAUCUCGCCCAUUUUGGUGUAUCGCUUCGUUCUUCAAACAGGUGAACGGACCAGCUUGAAGCCCUUCGGAUAUGAUGAGUGGGAAGACACGAAACAGGACGGUCGCUACAUUGAUUUGGUGAAGGCAGUCCUGGGUCUGGAUGUACUGCAGAGGUUGCAACGUCCUCUUCUGCUUCUAAACUUUGUCUCAGCUGCGGCCUUGUUCUACGACGAGUUGGCCGUGCCAGGAGGUGCGCCGGACUUGACCUUGCCGGUGGAACCUUUCAGCAUUGGCUUCGUCGCCUUGGGCCUUCUGUUGGCGUUCAGGGCCAGCCAGUCGCGGAUGCGCUUCGCCCGCGUGCGCGACUUGUGGGACGACAUCCUGGAGAUCUCCAGGAAGUUGUAUACCGAAUCCAGUCAGAAGGUGGAGCGUGAGCAGUUCAUGGAGCUGGCCCGGUGGAUCCCUGCGUUCCCCGCAGCGCUCAUGUGCCACCUACGACAGAGCGAUGCGCGCAGCUUGCGCUCGCAGCUCCGGAAGUCGCGGGGCCCGGACCAUGAAGCGCACGAGGUCCCGGAGAUCGGAGGCUUGACGGAGGUGGAGAUUGCGGAGGUGCUGAAUCGGCCCGCUGGGAUUUCAGCACCUCUCUUCGUGCUGCACCGACUCACGGCAAUCACGACAAGGCUAAAGUUGAAGGAAGAUGAUCGGAUGUUCAUCUCUAGCUCACUGCCAUCUCCUCAGACUUU